UGGCUCAGCUGUUGUUGAGCAGUAAUAUGGUUGCGUCUCUGUUAGAGGGAGAUCGGAAGGACGGGUCAGACUCAAACUGUAACACUCCUCUGCACCUCGCCGCUCGCAACGGACACAAGGACGUCAUUCGGCUUCUUCUAAAAGCAGGUAUUGACAUCAACAGAACCACUAAAGCUGGCACAGCCCUCCAUGAGGCCGCUCUCUAUGGGAAGACAGAGGUAGUGCGGCAACUCCUGGAUAAUGGGAUUGAUGUCAAUAUCCGUAACACUUACAAUCAAACAGCCCUAGACAUUGUCAACCAAUUCACCGCAUGUCACGCCAGCAAAGACAUCAAGCAGCUCUUACGAGAAGCUACAGGAGUUCUUCAGGUCAGAGCUCUGAAAGACUUCUGGAACCUUCACGACCCCACGGCCCUCACCAUACGCGCCGGUGAUGUCAUCACGGUACGGCCGCUUACAUGAC